UCUUUACGGUUCAUGGAAUUAUGGGAGUUGCCAAACUUGCAUGUGCAUUUUUCUGUUCUUCCAGCCUGUCCAAAAUUAAUACCAUCGCUAUGGCACGUUUCAAAUUCAUUGAUAUUGGAAUAAAUUUGACAGAUCCCAUGUUUCGAGGAAUCUAUCGGGGCAAUCAGAAACAUCAAGAUGACUUUGACCAAAUCAUUGACAGAGCAACCAGCGUUGGAGUAAGCAAGUUUAUGAUUACAGGAGGAAAUCUUGAAGACAGCAAAGAGGCCCUCAAACUUGCAGAGACGAGAGAUGAAUUUUACAGUACUGUGGGCUGCCAUCCAACACGCUGCAGUGAGUUUGAGCAGACUGGUCCUGACCAGUACUUUGGAGCUCUGAAAGACCUGGCGGCAUCGAGCAAGAGCAAAAUUGUGGCUAUUGGAGAAUGUGGUCUUGAUUUUGAUAGAUUGGAAUUUUGCCCAAAGGAAACUCAACUGAAAUAUUUUGAAAAGCAGUUUGAUUUAGCUGAAGAGACUAAACUACCAAUGUUUCUCCACUGUCGAAACUCACACACAGAAUUUCUUGAAAUCAUGAAGCGAAACAGGGAUAGGUGUGUUGGAGGCGUGGUGCAUUCUUUUGAUGGGACCAAGGAGGAUGCAGCUGCCCUUAUAGAUCUGGAUUUAUACAUCGGCAUUAAUGGCUGUUCACUGAAAACGGAAGCGAAUGUGGAAGCUAUGAAGUCUAUCCCCUCAGAGAAGCUGAUGAUUGAGACAGAUGCGCCAUGGUGUGGCGUUAAAAACACACAUGCCGGUGCAAAGCUCAUCAAGACAACAUUUCCGACCAAGAAAAAGUGGGAAGCUGGUCAUUGCCUGAAAGACCGCAACGAACCCUGUCAUAUAAUACAAGUCCUGGAGAUCAUGGCCGCUGCAAGAAAAGAGGACCCUUUGGAGCUGGCUAAUACCGUUUACAACAACACAAUGAAGGUUUUCUUUACCGGGAGCUAAUGAACUCAGAGCUCAAGUAAAAUACAGCUUCAUGAAGAUUAACUCAUUAACUUUUUGAGUUGAGUUGGUCUUGGAUUUUUUUUUCAUUAAAAAAGUGCUUUUAAAGCAAAAAAGAUGAUGA